AUGUUGGGUUUGAGAUCUUCUUUCAGAAGCUCUUUGCAAGCGAUGAAAAGUCAGUCGAGACUUAUCUCUGCUUCGGCUGUUUCCGCCAAGUCGACCUACAGAACCCCCGACUUUGGCGACUACAUUAAGGAAAAACAGGACGCGGACAAGAGCCGUUCUUAUGCCUAUUUCAUGGUGGGAUCGCUAGGUCUGCUAUCGUCUGCCGGAGCCAAGUCUACUGUGGAGACUUUCAUCACCACCAUGUCUGCUUCUGCGGAUGUUUUGGCCAUGGCCAAGGUCGAAGUCAACCUUGCUGCCAUUCCAGAGGGUAAGAACGUGGUUGUCAAAUGGCAAGGUAAGCCCGUUUUCAUCAGACACAGAACUCAGAGUGAAAUUGACGAGGCCAACUCGGUGGAGAUGUCUGCUCUUAAGGACCCUCAGACCGACGCCGAUAGAGUGAAAAACCCAGAAUGGCUAAUCAUGUUGGGUAUCUGCACACAUUUGGGUUGUGUGCCUAUCGGGGAGUCCGGUGAUUUUGGCGGCUGGUUCUGUCCUUGCCAUGGUUCUCACUACGAUAUUUCUGGUAGAAUCAGAAAGGGCCCAGCUCCUUUGAACCUGGAAAUUCCAGAGUAUGAGUUCGACGACCAAAAGCUAAUCGUCGGUUAA